GUGUGUGUAUAAAGGAGCAGGGCGAUCGGCGGCGGGACGGCGGGGGACAGGGCCCGGACCCGCGCAGCACAACCGGCACCAGCACCCGCUCCUCACACAGUCCAAAUACCACCGUGUUCACACACCACCGGACAGCGCGCGGCCUCACCUACACACCUGUAUGCGCGCGGCCGCUCGGGGUUUGAGGGUUUAAUCAGAGCUGCAGCGGGGCGCGCGCUCGGCGUGCCUGGCGCUCCGCCCGCGGUAAUGGCGAGCUCGGCUAACUCUAACCCGGUGCCUAAACUCUAUAAAAGCGUGAUGGAAGAUGUGAUCAACGAAGUGCGGGAGCUCUUCCUGGACGAAGGCGUGGACGAGCAGGUUCUCAUGGAGCUCAAAACGCUGUGGGAGAGCAAGCUGAUGCAGUCGAAGGCCGUGGACGGCUUCCACACGGAGGAGCAGGGAGCUCUCCAGGUGCAGCAGCAGGUCCAGCAGGUUCAGCAGACCCAGCAGCCCAGCCAGCCACAGCAGGUCCUCCUGCCUCCACCCCCUCAAGCUCCACAGCAGCAGGUAAUCGUACAGGAUCCCAAAAUCCUGCAGCACAUGACCGCUACCGGCAUGAGUGCAGCUGCCUCGGCGGCAACCCUGGCGUUGCCCACAGGAGUGGCCGGUGUUGGACCCUAUCAGCAGCUCAUCACCAGUCAAGGUCAGAUCUUGCAGGUGGUGAGGGCCGCUAAUGGAGCUCAGUACCUCAUCCAACCUCAACAGCCCAUUAUGGUCCAGCAGCAGGUCCUGCCCCAGAUGCAGCCAGGUGGAGUUCAGGCCCCAGUCAUUCAGCAGCGCAUCCCUGCAACACAAUCCAGAUUCCAGGUCCUGGCUCCUCUGCAGGGUGGCCUCCCUCAGCAGACGGGGGUGAUCAUCCAGCCCCAGCAGAUCGUCCUCGCCGGGGGCAAAGUGCAGCAGAACGCUCAGGUCAUGCAGGCAGCCAUGGCUACUCAGGCGGGUCAGGGAGCUGCGCAGGUCCAGGCCCAAGGCCAGCCUCAGCCAUCGGCUCAAGCACAGCCUGAGCAGCAGCAACCAGCACCGCAGGCGCAAACGCAGCCGCAGCAGGCUGCCCAGCAGCAGCCCCCCAUGAUGCUGCAGGUGGAUGGCGCCGGAGACACUUCCUCUGAGGAAGAUGAAGAGGAGGAGGAUGAGUAUGAUGAGGAUGAAGAUGAAGACAAGGAUAAAGAUGGCGGGGAGGAUGGCCAGGUGGAAGAGGAACCACUAAACAGUGGAGAUGAUGUGAGUGAUGAGGAGGACCAGGAGCUGUUCGAUACGGAGAACGUGGUGGUGUGUCAGUACGACAAGAUUCACAGAAGUAAGAACAAAUGGAAAUUUCACCUGAAAGACGGCAUCAUGAACCUGAACGGACGCGAUUACGUCUUCUCCAAAGCCAUCGGAGACGCGGAGUGGUAAAGCCAGCGGAGACGAAACAGACUGUCAGACGUACGCGUAAAACUCGAGACCUGGGACUGUUUAACCUUCAGGAGAUGCACGUGGUUUAGGGAUGAGACGUCCGCCGUACGGUUGGGUGAUGCUUUGUCGAAGCCCCUUUUGUACGUCGCUCGCGUUUCAGUGGAUCUCCAAUGACGGCCCUUUUUUUUUUUUUUUUUUUUUUUUUUUUUAAAUUUGAGUUCUUUUCAUUUUUUUUUUUUUUGGAUCAUCUUUUGGACUGAAGUCCUUUGUUCUUCAUAACGGUGAAAUCUGAACGCCCACAAUGAACAAAAGUGUAAGUAGAGGCUGUCUUGAGCAGAUCUGUAGUGCCUCGAACUAGCUGUGAAGCCCUCCUCUUCCUCCUCCCUGGUGUGUACUUUUAGAUUCCCGUGUGCUGUCGUUGGCUGUAAUGUAGUACUGAAUAGAUUUGGGUUCCCGUUUUACGCUGAUCCUGGACUUGGGGUUUAGCUGACCGCAUACAUGUCCUCGCAUUCCCUGUUUUUUCAUGUUCUGCCCUGAUUUGGAUUCCAACAAAACACUAAAAUGACCGCAGGCAUCCAGUUUAGUGCGAUCUUUGUUUGUGGUGUUCGCAGAAAAACGGUUUCAUCUUUUUUUCCUUCCAGUAAACCAAUUAGAAGACUAGCUCUUUGCUCUCAGAUGCCAGCUUGAGUUUUUGUCUAAUACAGUAUUUUGCGGCUGGUUAAAGGUUUGCACUGUCGGUGUGACGUGUGGACACCAUAGCAUGCUGUAGUCCCAUCGGCUUUAACCCGCCGUGUCUUUGUGUGCGUGUGGAGUCGCUGCUCAGCCGCGUCUUUUAAGUAGUGGAGACGAACCCUUUCGAUGCUUUUAGUGAAGUCAAACUUGCGUUUUAAUGUUUAGGUUUUUGUAUUUAUUCCUGAAAGCUCAGGCACCAUCGCGUCGGGGAUGAAACUGCACCACACUGUGCUCUUACGAAAAGUGUUCCUUUUUUCUUCCCGCUGUCCGCUGUAGGUCACCGUCUGCCGUCUGUCACGUCGGGUUUUUUCCGCUUUUUAAAACGACCUGCUUGCGUCUCACUUCACUUUCAUUUCUUCAUACUUUUAUUCUCCGGUUUUGGCUACACGAGUCCAUUUAUAAAUGUAUUUAUAUGCGGAUUGUGGUCGAGUAGAGAAGAUGAAUCAUGUCGCUUUGAAGUUUGUUUUUCUUUUUUGAGGUUUUAGGAUCGUUUAUCUUCUGCUGGUCAUUUCCCUUUUUAUUUUAUUGUUUGUGCCUUUUCACUAUUAUUUCAGCUAUCAUCUAUUUGCGAAAAUGGUAGCUUUUUUUUAAUAGAGUCAAUCCUGAAAGACGACUGUACACUUGGCUUUGUUUUUAUGAUCGUUAUAAUAAACCAUGGGCUGGAACUGGUGUCUGAUUCUCUGAGGAAACUUCUAAAUUCUUAUUGUUCAUAAUCAUAAUUCACUACCGUGUGUUGGUAGUCUGUGUGCUUGGAAUACCGAUUUAUUACAUCUUGUUAGUAUCUGUUCACGUCCAUGGACUUUUUUUUUCUUUGUAUGACUUUAAUUAAAGCAUUAUUAAAAAUUG